UAAUGCUUUAGGGAUUCACACUGGAUAAAGUUCUGGAUGAAGUCAAGGCGAGGAAUUCCAUUUCAGGUGAAGACCUGCUUCUCUUGUCUCCUAAUAGUGUGUCCUUGGUAUCAGUAGAGGUAUCUUUGGUGAGACCCCAGACUCUGUUAAAUAUCUUUAAAGAUGGAACCAGAUGCUGAAGACCCAGACAUCAGUGACAACAUGGUUCCCUGGUCGGGGUCAGAUGGUUCCCAAGAACUUUACGUUUCUGAGUCCUAUGAUGAAGAUGAUGCUAGUGAGGAAGAGCACCCGGUAGACCCACAACCUGCUCAUGUCAAGUCUAACACUGAAUGUGGGGAGCACUGGGAAUCAGAAAGUGAGCAACAAUCCCUGCCCGAACUGAGCGGCAGCGAAGAGGACGUUUCCUACAGAGAGGACGAUGACAUCUACCUUAGUGAAUCAAGAGACAUUAGUGAAUCCCUGACAUCACUGUCCACACACCAAGAACACCCUGACCCCGAGUAUCUCACCACCCAGAUGUCACUCCCACACUCUCCAUCAUCUUCCUCUUCUUCCUCUCUUGGCUGUACUGCUGAAAUGACCCAGGCCUUGACCCUGACCACAGACGAACCACUGGGAGCCAGUAAUAGGCAGAGCCCAGGGACUGGGAACAGGAGGGUUGAAUCUUCAGAAGAAGGAGGGAGUAGUGAAGCGCCUCCUGCUUCUGUCUUCUUUGGAAUUUCAGAUGAGGGUGCUGAGCAGGCAGAGAAGUGGAACUCAGAGUCUGACACAGAUCUGUGCAGACCGGACAGGCACAGGGCAAGGUACACACGGCACAGUGAGAGCCUAUCAGAAAGACACGUCAAAGAAACUAAGUCCAAAUGUAAGCGCAUUGCUCUGCUUCUAACUGAUGCACCAAACCCUCAAAAUAAAGGCGCCUUACUGUUUAAAAAGCGCCGCCAAAGGGUCAAGAAGUACACACUCGUGAGCUACGGAACUGGUGAAAACCAACUUGACAACAAAGACCAAAUAGAAGAGGAAGCUGAAGAAGUUACCUCAGCUGCAUACAACUUGAUUGCAACAAGUGAUUCUGAGGUAGAAGAGGAGUACUCUGUUUAUCAUCAGCAGCAUCAUUUAAGGUUGAACUGGGAAAGUCUGCAAGAGAUGGAAGCGGAGACAAAAGGGAAGGGUGUUUUGAUGUUUGCUCAGCGUCGCAAACGGAUGGAUGAAAUUGUGUCAGAGCAUGAAGAACUGAGGAGUAAAGGAUUACCUGUGGAAGCAUCAGCAGAACCAGAACAUGCAGCUGUACAGAAUACUUAUGAAACUAAGGAAACAUAUUUGUAUACUGAUCAGGCCAACUACUUGGAUUCAGAUGUUAAGCAGCAUGUAGACUACCAAGAAAACAUUCAACAGAUGAAUCUUCUGUCUAACGUGCCAAAACCCUUGGUUCCAAACCGAACUGCAAAGCCCUUUGGGGUUCAAGUUAGUGCAACAGUUCCUGCCGUGCCUGCUGGUGUCGCUCCAGUGUCAAAGAAGCCUGAAACAAGAUUCAAAGUACCUGUACCUAUUAAUACUAGCCCGCAUGUCUGGUCCCCAACAGGAGACAUCAUAGCUUCAAGAGAUGAACGAAUAUCUGUGCCAGCAAUCAAGACUGGCAUCCUACCUGAGUCAAAAAGAAAAGGUAGCAAUAAACAGACACUGGAGCAAGAAGCAGAGCUCCAGUUCCUUCAAAACAAAGGGGACAGAAGGUCUUACAUUGAGUCAGAAGAAGACUGUUUCAGUCUGGGGGCUGAAGCUUGCAACUUUAUGCAGCCCAGAGCUGUAAAACUCAAGAAUCCUCCUCCAGUAGCUCCAAAACCUACAACCUGCCCAACUUGGAUGAGAAGGAGUCCCUCUGCUGAGCCCUAUAUUCCACCACGAAGUCCGGUUUCACAACCUUCUCACAGUCCCGCUGGGCCACAUAGUCAGCAUUACUUACAACCACAUGAUUGGGUUCAACCUCAACAGAUGGCCAACCGCUGGGCACAGGAUCAAACGCAGGCAACACUUCAAACACCUACCAAUGCAUGGGCACCCGUCAGCUCCCCUUCUCACCUUCAUCUUCAGCCUACCACAAAUAACUGGAGCCUUCAGCAGCCACAAUCUCCUGUGAGUAUGCAGGCCCGCAGUCCUACUUACAGCCCGCAUCACUCACCUUCCCCCUUGGUGAAUAAGCCAGAAAGUGCUCCACACUCAGUUGCCUCUUGCCCACCACAAGGAAAGGCAUACAUCCACGCAUCGAAACCAACACAGGCCAAAGGUGGUAGUAAGGCUGGUGAAGGUCAAUUGGCAGGAAAAGGUGCAGCAUUGUUUGCCAAAAGACAGUCCCGAAUGGAGAAGUAUGUGGUUGAUUCUGAAACAGUGCACGCCAACAGAGCAAGAUCCCCCUCCCCUACCUCAUCCCUCCCCAACUCCUGGAGGUAUUCUUCCAAUGUUCGUGCUCCGCCUCCAUUAUCAUACAAUCCCCUCCUUGCACCAUUCUACCCUCCAUCAGCUGCUAAACAACCCCCUUCCACAAGCCCCAAAAUCAAGCCCAAGACCAAACAGAAACCCAAAACACCCCCAAAGCACCUCGACAGCUUAGAUAUUAUGAAACAUCAGCCCUAUCAGUUGGACUCAUCACUCUUCAAGUAUGAGGAGUACACUGAGACAAAAAGUCCCAGCCCCAAACCACCCUCAAAGUUUGAGAUUACAAAAAACCUAAAGCAAAAAUCUGCAGCUUCUCACUCUUAUAGUAAUGUCUCUGAGCUUGAUUCUCAAAGAAAGUCAGAAGCCCCUGCUAAGUCUUCUGGAUCGGUAAGUUCCCCAAUUUCUUCUGCCCACCAAAACGCAAGAUCAGCUGAGCCUGUAGUGAAUGACAAGCACUUGGAUGUAAAGCUUACUGUCACUCCUGCUGCCCAUCACACGAAAAGCAAGCAAGCACCCAUUGCCCGCCCGACAAGCGCAUCCUCCCAGCAUUCAUCUACUGCUGACAGUAUAGCUGCAGCAUUUUCCCCUGCUUCUAUUAUUGCUAGAGGCGCACGUCAAAUGGCUCCUCGGCCAAAAUUUUCAGCUAAGAAGCCAGUAAUGACAGGCAAACAGUGGAAGCCUGUUGCUAUGACCCAUUAGUACUGAUGCUGUAUAUGGUCAUGUUUUGGUAUGAGUCAGCCUGGGAUGAUAGGUUACAACUAUUGUAACUUGUGAAGUGGUGGCAAUAAAUUUUGUCACUUUAAGAUUUAAGAUGUUAAAAA